AUGCCUCAAUGCAGCACAGAUUUGCAUGCGCUUAAGCUCACUGAGAUCAGUGUCCCUGACUGUGUUGCGUUGUGUGAUCUAGAGUUCCGGCAGCUUUUCCUUUUUUGUGUGUGCGUUCAAGCUUGCUCACAAACCGCAGUAGCAUGUGAACAUCUGAGAGACAGCAGCAUUGGCCCAGGUUGUAACAGCAGAGGGCACAAAGGUCUGCCACAAGUUACUUCUUUUAAUAUGUGCUGGGGAUUUAAAACGAAAGGGCAGAUUAAGUUAGGAUACAAGCUACCACUACACAGAGCUGUCUCUCUCUCUCUCCCCGUAGAAGUCUCUUCUAAAACCCUCUCUGCAAGCCAACCACCUUGCCUUACAAACGGAACAAAAGAAUUAGCAACAUUUUUAUGUAUCACAAAAGUCAUCUAA